CGAAUUUUGACAAAAUUAAUAUUGGAACAAGAAACGGAUAAACAAUUAAUAUAGGGAGUUGUUGGAUUAUAUACCCACCGAAGCUAUUAUUUAAUAAAAAAAAUUAAAGAAAUUGGCAUCAAUUAUGCCCGUCGGUUUUAAUUUGAGGUAGCAGUGUUUUGCAGCCAAUUUCGGUCGAUCAAAACGAGUUUCUGCAACCUGUUCGGGAACAACGGCAACGGGCUUAAAUGGCCCAAAUGAAUCGUGAACUUAAGCCCAUACAGAAAACAGAGACAAGAUGCCCAAAGAUAGUCCAUAAAGCCCAAUGACCACUAAGAAGAUCACCUCAUCUUCUUCACCAGCCACAUCAUCGUCCCCUCCUCCACCCACAAGCUGCUUCACUGCUUCGAGCUUUCGCCUCUCCUCUUCUCCAAACACAGAUGGCGCAAGUACUGACCAACGCUUUCCUCCAAAUCAAAUCCAUCUCUCCUCCGCUGCUCUCCGCCACAAAGGCGAAGGCUGUGGCCGGAAGGAAUAGCGGAGGAUGCGGAGGUCUGCAGGUAACGUGCCGGAAGAAGGAGAUACACCCGGAGUUCCACACGGACUCCAAAGUGUACUGCAACGGGGAGCUGGUGAUGACCACCGGCGGGACACAGGAGGAGUACAACAUUGACGUUUGGUCCGGCAACCACCCUUUCUACCUGGGGAACCGCUCCGGCGUGCUUGUGGACGCGGACCAGGUCGAGAAGUUCCGGAAGAAGUUCGGGGAGCUGACGCAGCUUAUGCAGAUCCCUGUGCUCAAGGGCGAGAUUGUUUUGCCCAGCAGGAAGAAAUCCGGAAAGGGCAAGAAGAAGUAGAAAGAACAGUGAACAACUCGCAGCUGGUGUAUGUAGGUUUCAGAUUGGUGUAAUUGGGUUCUCUGUUCAGUUUGAGAAUUGUGAAGUACAAUUUGCCCCAACAUGAAAUUGCAGAUAAUGUGUUCGAUAAAAUGUCCCAGUAAGUAUUGCACUUCAGAGCUGUUUCUUCAAUCGAGCUGAAUAUUCUUUCAAUCCUCCUAGCGUUCAUGGCGGAUUCGAUUCUGAGCAUUUUUGGGUGGCAUAUAGAGAAAAGAGACUAUCUUUUAGCAUAAUUCAUUCUCACACUGUAUUUGGAUAUAGUUGAGAGCCUCUACAGAUUUGUCUAUGGUCUAAUACAUGCCAUGGAUGGCUUAUUUAAGGAAACAUGAAACAUCAGCAGCAGCAGCAGCAGGCAGCAUAUGUUGAACUUUUGAUUUCAGCAUUUGAUAUAGCAGAAGCAAGCAAAUCCAGGGAACUGUGCAUGACAAGCUCCACUAAAUGCCUUUUUCCAGUUCUUGCAUUGUCGAUUUGCAGUUGCCAGAGUUAUGCAUAAUUCCAUUGAAUUCAAGUUGAGCCUGUGGGAGUCUUAAGAGUAGAUGUCAGAUGGGAAGUCGUGUUAAUUUUAGGUCUGAAUCUCACCAGUUGAAACUAAGUGGAAGAGGAAUAGGGUGAUCAGGGCAAGAGCAUCCUUAGCCAUGCCUGCUUUUACUAUGAUGGAGUCUCAUAUUUCGAGAGCCAGUGUUGUGUUGUGUUGUGUUGUGAAUUGUGACUAUCAUAAGGACUCAAGUCCAAGUGGUGUAGAUGCAAAAGGGUCAGCUUUCCAUGGAAGAAGAUAACAAGCUAGCUACUGUAAUAUGGUUUGCCUUUGGAUUAAAACGAUGACAGAGCAGGGAAAGCUUAUCUGCAACUGAGGCAAGCUUCACACUGAGAUUCGUAGGUGGGUUUGGCACCAUCUUUUAUCCAACCACUAUUGUUCAGCACUUCAGCAGCUGACGUGAAAUUGUGAAUUUAGUUCAAGUUUUCUGUCAGCAGUUUCACCGGAUUACUUGGUACGACCGGUAAUUUAGGACAAAUCAUUUGGCUUCUGUUGAUCUCAAAUGUGAAGCUAAUUUGAAGCUAUAUAAGGACUAAAGUAAACAAAACGCCACCAUCUUCGGUGGAGGGAUUGUUAAAAUACAGGAAUUCGUCCAUGUGCGAACAUAUAGAUUUGAUGACAUUAUCAUUGCCUCUUAAAACAUUGUCUGAGCGGGAAUUUUUAUGCACAUAUGAAAUUGAAUCUAUGUUACGAUUCCAUGACUACAACUAGAAAUGAACAUUUGCAUUAAGUCUCUGAUGGUACUGUUAUGACCAACGUUCUAGAGAGAAAAGUAAAAUUUGUGAAGUGAUUUGCCUGUUGAAUUGUCAGUCUUUUUCUAGAAAAAUGUUUCAGAAAAUGUCUCUGAUGUUACUGUUAUGACCAACGUUCCAGAAAAACGUUCUAAAGAGAAAAGUAAAACUUGUAAAGUGAUUUACCUGUUGAAUUGCCCUUAUGAAGCUUCCCACGAUCUUUACUUUGUAUAUCUCUUGCGACUCGACUGCAUAGGUGCUUUCAAACUACAUUCCCCUAGUAGCAAAUCUUAAGCAUCCCUGCUGUACGUGGGCACCUGGCCGUGCCGCCCACGGGCUAGCACGGCACGGCACGGUUAGAGCACGACACGAGCACGAAAUAAAUGGGCUAGCCCGACACGAGCACGAAUAAUUUAUGGGCAGUGCCGGGCCUAAACGUCAUGAGCACGGGCACGAGCACGACACAAUAUAUAACUGGGCCGUGUCGGGCCUAAUAUUUUCGAGACUUUAUUAAGUAUAAGAACGAACAUGGCACGAAAAUAAUAUUUAUUUGAUAGAAAAUAAGUAUAAAAAGAAUUAUAGGUU